AGACGAAACUAACAAUCAGUACGAAUUGAACGCUCGCGAAAGCAACGCGCUUGUUGUGAACAAAUUGAAUUUGUUUAAAAAUAAAAAAAAAUAAAUCAAAUAAGCUGCUGUGGAAACAAGUGUUUCUGCUUGUGCGAAAUACACAUAUAAGGAAUAAGAAAGUCAUUUCAAAACAGAAAAUAAAAAUGGAGUUCAACAAUCGUCUUUUGCUGAAAAUCAUUGAGCUGGGCAUUGCGAUCGCCUGUAUUGUGCUUUGGGAGACCUCUGGCGCGUUGUCCUCGAGACCGCUGAUCGUCUGCGGCACACUGGGUGGUUUCACCAUCAUCUGCGGUGUGUUGUUGAUUGGACACAUACUCAACUCGAUUGUCGAGAAGCGUCUGAAUGCGCUCAUCUCGAUUUUGGGCUGCGUGCUCUUCGUCAUCUCCGGCGCCCUGAUCAUCGAUGAGUGGCAUGAUAACUCGAAUUUCCUCUUCAAGGAUCGCAAACGCAAUGCGCUUGCUGCUGGUUCGUUGAUGAUCAUCAACGGUGCCGUCUUUCUAUUGGACACACUCUCCAUUUGCAGAACGUAAAUGCAAAAAACGAAUAAUAAUAAUAAUGAAUAAAAAAUAAAUGUUGCAUUUAUGUAUGACACACGCACACUCAAACGUAUUUAAAGAUCACAAACAAACGCAUAAACUCUGCUAUAAACAAAGGUGCACUCAAAUUUACAUACAUACAUACAAACAUUAAAUAUAUUCAUGUUUUUUAGAAAUUUGUAUUUUGCAAAAAAUUCUCAUUGUUAAAGCGAAUUAUAACUGUAUUUGUACUGCUUUUGUCCCUGUCUUAUUAGAAUUAAAUGUUUUUAUAUACAUAAAUAUA